AUGGCCGCCAAGAUGGGUGCCCCGAGUCAAAUGCCCCCGAUACCUAACAGAGAGGAUAUUGGGGCAACAUGGACUUAUCUACAAGCUGGUAUCUCACGCGUUAUGAACGAUCUCGAGCAGGGUAUCGACAUGCAAAUGUACAUGGGUGUCUACACCGCUGUCCAUAACUUUUGUACAUCCCAGAAAGCAGUUGGCAUGACUGGUCCUGCUAUGCACAGUAACCACAGAGGCGCACAUCUGCUAGGGGAAGAGCUCUACAACAAGCUGAUCGAUUACCUCCACCAUCAUCUCGAUAGCCUUGUGAAUGAAAGCAAGGCCCACACCGACGAGGCGCUGCUCACUUUCUACAUCAAAGAAUGGGGUCGCUACACAGUUGCCGCCAAAUAUAUCCAUCAUCUCUUCCGUUACCUCAAUAGACAUUGGGUCAAGCGAGAAAUUGAUGAAGGGAAGAAGAAUAUCUACGAUGUCUACACCCUGCAUCUUGUGCAAUGGAGGAAGGAGCUAUUCGAAAAGGUCAGCGACAAGGUUAUGGAUGCGGUGCUUAAGCUUGUGGAGAAGCAAAGGAACGGCGAGACUAUCGAACACGGCCAAAUCAAGCAAGUCGUGGAUUCCUUUGUCUCCCUGGGACUGGAUGAAGCAGACCCCUCCAAGUCAACACUUGAUGUCUACCGCUAUCAUUUCGAGCGUCCUUUCCUCGCUGCUACCAAAGAGUUUUACGUGGCAGAGUCCAAGCAAUUUGUUGCCGAGAACAGCGUCGUGGAAUACAUGAAGAAGGCAGAGGCUCGUCUGUCCGAGGAGGAGGAGCGCGUUCGCAUGUACCUGCAUCAAGACAUCGCCAUUCCUCUAAAGAAGGCUUGUAAUCAAGCUCUCAUCGCCGAUCACUCCAGUCUUCUUCGGGAAGAAUUCCAGGUGCUUCUGGAUAACGACCGCGAAGAGGAUAUGGCACGAAUGUACAACCUUCUUUCGAGAAUUCCCGAUGGUCUCGAGCCGCUUAGAGCCCGUUUUGAAACACAUGUGAGAAAGGCUGGACUCGCUGCUGUGCAGAAGGUCCAAUCGUCAGAGGGUGACAAGCUCGAGCCAAAGGUUUACGUCGACGCUCUGCUCGAAAUUCACACCCAGUACCAGGGCCUUGUGAAGAGAGCUUUCAAUGAUGAGCCAGAGUUUACACGUUCCCUUGACAACGCCUGCAGGGAGUUUGUCAAUCGAAACGAAGUUUGCAAGGCUGGAUCCAACAAAUCGCCUGAACUUCUAGCGAAAUACACUGACGUCCUGCUCAGAAAGAGCAGCACCAGUAUUGAAGAGGCAGAAUUGGAACGUACUUUGAGUCAGAUCAUGACAGUCUUUAAGUACAUUGAGGACAAAGAUGUCUUCCAGAAGUUCUAUUCGCGGAUGCUGGCCCGGCGUUUGGUGCAUAGCAACUCCUCUUCAGAUGACGCUGAGACUAGCAUGAUCAGCAAACUGAAAGAGGCAUGCGGUUUCGAGUACACGAACAAACUUCAGCGUAUGUUCCAAGAUAUGCAAAUUUCUAAGGAUUUGAACAAAGAUUUCCGCGAGCAUCUUGAAGGCGUCGAGUACACCAAGGCUGUUGAUUCAACUUUCUCGAUUUUGGGAACUGGAUUCUGGCCAUUGACGGCACCGAGCACUGACUUUAACCCGCCCCCGGAGAUUGCGGCAGAGAUUGAGCGCUUUAUCCGCUUCUACAAGCAUAAGCAUGACGGGCGUAAGCUCACAUGGCUGUGGCAUCUUUGCAAGGGCGAGAUCAAAGCUGGCUAUUGCAAGGCCAGCAAGACUCCUUACACCUUCCAGGUCUCAAUUUACCAGAUGGCCAUUCUCCUCCUUUUCAAUGAGAAGGACACUUACAGCUACGAGGAUAUGCUCAGCGCCACUCAACUGAGCAAGGAGGUUCUGGAUCAGGCCCUCGCUGUUAUUCUGAAGGCCAAGGUCCUCAUUAUGUCUGGCGCAGCGGGCGAGAAGCCAGGAACCGGUAAAUCUUUCAAACUAAACUACGACUUCAAGAGCAAAAAGAUCAGGGUAAACUUGAACCUCGGUGGUGUGAAGGAGGCCAAGCAGGAGGAGGCCGAGACGAACAAGACAAUUGAGGAAGACCGAAAACUGGUUCUACAAUCUGCCAUCGUCCGAAUCAUGAAGGCUCGCAAGAAGAUGAAACACACCCAGCUCGUAAGCGAGACCAUCAACCAAAUCCGCUCGCGAUUUGUUCCAAAGGUCGGCGACAUCAAGAAAUGCAUUGAAAUCCUACUAGACAAGGAGUAUCUGGAGCGUUUGGAAGACGACGAGCUAGGUUACCUAGCUUAA